UUUAGUGGCGGUGACCACCCAAAACAGUGCCAUUUUUAGACGUUUACUGCUGACGUUUACACAGGCUUCAAAUAGCUUCCGUUUUACACUGGUAGUGAUUGGACCGCUCUCUACUUACCCACUGAGCUAACACACUGGCUGAGCAAGUCCGACAUUCUACACUUCAAUGGAGGAACAGCCCAAAGAUCGGGCACAAGACAGACAGUACCACCACCACGGAGAGGACAGAAACUCUAUUCAACAUACAACUUGUCUAAAACAUGAUCAGAGCCACUUCCAGCGCCAGCAUCAGGAAACGCAGACGAAGAAAACAGGCAAUAAAAAAGUAAACAUCAGUGACGAGGAGGGGGAGAAGAAUACACACCUGUCUGAUACUGCUGGUAUGUCACAUCCCCCCAACAGCAAUGGUAACAGACACACAAGUAAUACAAAUGUGAAGCAGAAGUCAACACAAAAGCUGUACACAACUGUUCCAAGAGUGAGCAGCAAAGGACUGGACCAUAAGAAGAAUAUGGACCUUAAGAAUGACAAGGAAAAGGCCCUGGAUUUGAAUCAUCAUGAGGGCCAACCUUUGGAUAAGAAAGACUCUGUGUUGCUUCAAAAUGGCGUCGUAAACUGUGGCUUAAUUACAAAUGGCUAUUCUAGCAAGGACAAUGAUGGAAGCGGUUCUGAAGGUGGAUAUACUACUCCGAAGAAACGCAAGGCCAGAUGUAACAACGCCAAGAACACUGAUAAUGUGAUGAGAGACAAGGAGAAAGGCAUGCAGCAGGGCAACACUACACAGGAGGCUGGGGCUUUUAAUCUUGAGACGACUGAGAAGGGGGUGACUUCCAGACUCGAUGGCUUUAGAGCCACCCAUAAAGUAGAAGCUCAGUCAGCAGCUAGACGGGCUGUUGCGUCAGAGGCUACAAUGGGUGAAUCUCAGAGGAAAAGCUCUGAUGGCAAAACAGUUGGCACCUUCGGUAAAAAGACUGAGGAAAGGCACAAAGCCAAGCUUUCCUCACCUUCAAAAGAGGACUCCUGGACUUUAUUCAAGCCCCCUCCAGUAUUUCCUGUGGACAAUAGCAGUGCUAAAAUUGUUCCCAAGAUCAGUUAUGCAAGUAAAGUAAAAGAGAACCUCAACAAAGUAGCUCAAGGUGGAGGAGAGGCACUGCCUCCUCCUGUUAGACUGUCACAGGUCCCUAUGUCUGCUAUGAAAACUAUCACCUCAGCUAGCUUUACUAAUGGUCCUGUUUCUGGAAAUGGAAACGGCUGCCCGUCAGUGGGUACCUUCUUUGCUCCUGCUGCUAGUAGUAUUCCACCAGCCCCAUCUAUCCCAAGUGGCGAGAAUGUAGCAUCUCCUUUGGAAAGUAACUGUAGCUCUACAACCAGUCCUGUAGACGGAGAAGCAUAUGAGCAUAGAAAGUGUACUCUUUUAAUUUACCCUUUAAAUAUGCAACCUGUGCUCCCCAGUGCUCGUCACCUCGACCCACCGGCUGCUCAGACAAAUCAGAAAGCCUUGGGAGACAUCUUCCAUAAUCAGUGGGGGCUUUCCUUCAUCAAUGAGCCCAACUUGGGGCCAGAAGGAGGAAGUGGACAGGUGCCUGCAGAGGACAAAACUACUGUGGUCACACCUCAAAGUGAGUGUCAGGCUGUUGCAGCCAAGGCUGCGCAGCCCUGCUUUGACGUUAGCCCGUCAUUCUUAGAGCCUGGCACUUUGGCUCAAGACCCUGAGAAAAGGACUUGUGCCCCCUGCAAUGUGUCUAAUGCUUGUUCUCCUGCUUGUGUGAUGAGUGAGGAGGAGAACAAGCUGCAGCCAUGUGGCCAGGAAAAGACAAAAGUCGAGGCCAAGGGUGCAGGUUCUGCUACGCCGGCCCCCAGUAAAGACAACGGUGCUAAGCCUGCGCAGGGCCAGCUAACCACUUUGCUGUUUGGCUCAUCUAAAGAACAGGCCCACUCUAAAGACAUUGGCAGAAGGUGUAGCUGGGGCUCCUUUGAUGUUAAAGCUGCUGUCACUUAUCACACUAAAGAAAUGGAAUCCAUAUUCAACAUACAAAAACAAGAUCCAAAAAGAGUAGUGGUUUAUGAUGAAGCCAAGGACAGACCUGAUCAGUGAGGUAGAUGGUCUACAGUACUUACCUUCUUCUCUUCUGGGUGCUGCAGUUAUCUACCUUGGAAAUCAUAAAUCCUGUUGGAUAGAUAAAGUGACAACUGUGAAAACAUUGAUAGUUUAGCAUGACAGAUUUUCCUUGGAGUCUCGGGUGGAGUAACAGACUUCUUUGGGGGCAUCAGACAAACACACUCACACUCUGGAGGGACAUUAAAGGAGCUGAUCGGUGCCUCUCCAACAUGAUGAAUGGACACUUGCAACUUUAAGCUGUUUGUCUCAUGAUGUUCGGGAGUUCAACAAAGGAAGGUUUCUAUGACUGUGCCUCCCUCAGCCUUUAUCCCGUUGAACUGCGGCAGCCGUCAGUCUGACUAUGGGAUGCCUCAGUCAUUGUCGUUCUUCACGCAUUCAAAUGAGUUCAUUGUAGAUAUGUUAGACGUUAUACAUACACAUCUAUGUGCAAGCUUGAAUUCAUGAUGAAUGAGAGGAGAACACACUGCAGAGAAUGCCUCGAAGAAGGAUCUUUGGAGUUAAACUGUAAGUGAAGUGGAAGCUCACAGGUGAGGCCCCAUCCAGGAAGGGAGAACCUUGUCUUAAAUCAGAGCCCAGAAAUGAAAUACUUGCUUUUUCUUUCAUACCGUUUGGUCUGACCUAACAUGAGUGUUAUCUGCACUGCAGUAUGACCCCAGAGCACAGGUACACAAGUGCCCAGGUUGAGGGAAAGUGUUGCCCCUUCAUUUUAUUGUUUAUUGCAGGUUUUGCUAAAGAUUUUAAAAUCAGGUCUCUGUUAAAAAACCUUUGAAUCUCUAAGCUUUUCAUACAUUUCAUGUAGAUUGUUAUCAGGUCAGUGCAUACUGUUCUUAAAUUCAGAUUCAUGACUUUUGACCUUAAGAAGAAACUGAGGGACAAACUAAAGUAAGAGACAUUUCUUCCAAUGAAGUCUCCUGUGUUUUGUGCUGUUUGUUCAGCAGCAAGACUCAGGACGUCCAUACAGAUUAUUUUGCCUGCAUUUCUGUCUCGUUCUACUCCUCUUUUCAAAGGAACAUGUUGCAUUUAAUGACUAGGGAUUCUUUAUUUUCCCUGACUCAGCAUUUUGUCUUUAUUUUUCGGUCUUAUGGCAUUGUAUUUCCUGCAUGUUUACUGGUGGAAAUGAAUGAGUCAGAGGUCACUGUUCAUCGCCACACAAAGAUUACAGUAACACAACAACAAUACUAAUCUAGGUUCCCCAGACUAGCCACUUUGUCAAACUAUGUCGAAAUGUGAAGAUGAGUUGUACUCUUAUGUUUUACUGUGGAUAACCUUUGCAAACCAGUGUGCAAUAACACCAUGUGAUCCAUGCAACGAGAGAAAUGGGUUAUAUGGAGCUACAAAAUCAUCACCCAAUGUUCUGGUGUGGCCUGCAGUUCAUUUGUUUGUUCAAAAUGUUUAAGGUGCAUUUUCACUUUAUUGCACAAGUGAUUUAUUUUAUUUUAUUUUAUUUUUGUUUUUUUCAUGUUGAAAGAUCUAAUUAAGUCCGUGGAGCCCAAAAUUGCUAACUGCUAACUGGCCAGCUGUGACAUCACUUUCAUCACCAUCUCCAAAUCAGGAUUGGUUUAUUCAACAUAAAGGAACUGUCCAGGUUUCUUUGCUCUAGAAGAUAUGAUUUGGUUAAUGUGUGGAUUAAUAGCACUUUAUGUAAACUAAUUGCUUUUAUCUUUAAUUACUAGAGAGAUCUAUAUGUACUGACAAGAAAUACUCCUUGAAAGAAUGGCUUUGGGCUGUUACUUUUCAGAAAAAAGUUGAUAAAUACAGAAUUAUUAAAUGUAACUCAGGUAGUGUCGAUAAAGCCAUGACUAUGUUAAAUAUUGUUUUUGCCAAAUGGUCCCUGUCAUGUAAUGUUCUCAAAAUUGGAACUGUUGAAUUGGAGUCCUAUUACAUAGAGUCUCAUAUGAUGUUGUGACAAAACACCAAAUAAUUACUUUUGAGGAAAACACUCAUGACAUGCAAGGUGCUGUCAUUGAUCAUGUUGGGCUCUAAAAUGUUAAUUUCCCCUUUUAAAAAAAAAAAAAAAAAAAAAAAAAAAAAAAAAAAGAAAAGAAAUAAGCACAUUGCUCCAUGCGCUGUUUUCAAUGUAUACUAGGCUGUAAUCUUUGAUCUUUGGUGGUUCAUUUUCUUCCCCAUGUGUUCAUAGUGAAGCGCCUCUUAAUUUUAUUAUUGCUGAACAUCAGUGGUGUUUUUAUGGGGUGGCUACAAUCUGGGAAUAAGCUUUCAAGUACACUUGUUUCUACUGUGUCCUGAUGAGGACCCAUGAGCAGAGAGAAAGUCAUGUUUUUGUAAAAGUUGACAUUUAACUUCCAUGUCUAAUCACCAUCAGCUCUCUGGUGUUUCAAAUGCUUUGUUUGGCUUCCACUGUAUAGUGUAUGAUGGAUGAGUGUAUUAUCAGAUGCUGCCCUCUGAAUAAGAACAAUUGUGUCAGGAUUUGGUUGAAGAGGACGCAAGGGUAUUUGAGGAGAUAUUUCCCAUUAGCAUUUAGACUUUUGUGUUUUUCUGUGCUUGUUGGAAAUUGACGUUUAAUCUGGCAUAAAGUUACAAAACCUGCAGUUUAA